GACCGGAAUAGGGAGGAAAAAAGGAGGAAAAAGGGGGUUAAUGGUGGUAUGGACUGAUUUACUCUAGGGCAACUGGUUUGUCCCAUGGGAGGUAAUAGGGAAAGGAAGGGAAAGGAAAGGAAGAUAUCACGGUCACGGAAAGGGUACGGGGUGGAGGAAUGGGCACAUGGUACGGCGGCGGGGUUCUGUCUUCUUCAGCAACUGUUUUUUGUUCUUGUUUUCUGUUUGUUUUCUGCCUGUUUUUGCUUCCUUCCGUUCUGCAGCAUGCUUUUUCUCGCGCUCAGCGUUGAUUUAUGUUUCUGUUUUGGUCUCUGGUUUUCGGUCUUGGUUUUUUGGAUUUUUUGGGGAAACAACUGGAUAACUGGGACGGUGUUCUGUCUUUUUUUUUGUCUUAUUUGGUUACUGCGAGCGGCUUUUGUUUAUACCUUUCCCUUUUUUGCGUCUCACUUUCUCAU